UGAGCUGCUAAAGAAAGCGUUGCGAGUAUUUGCUUCCGACUCUCAACGGCAUCCAUUUCAUUCAGCUCGAGCUCAAGUCACGUUACGAAUCCUACUAUGGCAUGAAUGCUAAACUCAUGAAUAUGAAUCACCUCAUCCGGACAUGAAGUCAGUAUGAAGAGUGGACGUGUGCACGGCACGCACGCACUAACGUUCCCACUGAUGAACAUGAAUAAAGAGCCUUCGCCUUAGUACGAUUCGAGAACGCGAAUGGCAAAUGGCGCAGUGCGCCUGAGCGAGAAAGACAGGAAGUGGCGGCUGAAGAAGGUCCGCACCUUUUCCGGUAACACCGAGAGCAGCAGCAGCGCGAGCGGGAUUGAGAGCGACCGGAGGGGAAAGAGGGGCGAGAACCGACCCGGGGUGAGAGAGAAGGGCUGCUGUUAUAUGAAGGCAGAUCAGAGGGGAGAGUCAUGAUCCGCUGACCUGUGAAGAUUCCCACACAGAGAGCCUGAAGUGAACAUCGGAAGUCUCAGAGAGAUUAAACACGAGAGGAAAGUCGGAACUGACGUGAAGGCCUGUUUCAGAUCUACACAGCUUCACUUUGAAACAAGUACACACCCUUAAAAUCUUGUUUUGGGGACGAGAAGUUCUAUUUUGACGGAUUUUGAAGGUUUUUCUAACUAUACACCAUCACACAAGUCAACUUGUCUUCAUAGUGGUUUCCCUCGUGCUCAUACUGUAUCGGAGUCAUCUAAAGUGACUCACAGGUUAUGCAUACUACAGCGGGAUUUUUUACUGGUGCUUGUCAAGGUCUAAAAAGCAACAACGGUUCAAUUUGAGACGUGAAUUUUGCAGCAAUAUUUUGUGACCGCCUUUCUGAACGUUCAAGUCGCUUAUUUCUUGCCAAAGACACGAGGCCAGACACCCCUGUUAUUUUUUCUUUGCAACAAACGUAAUAUAUGCACAGCCAACAAGAUGGGGAAGAUGCUUUCCAAGAUCUUUGGCAACAAGGAGAUGAGAAUAUUGAUGCUUGGACUUGACGCUGCCGGCAAGACGACCAUCCUGUACAAACUCAAACUGGGACAGUCCGUUACCACCAUUCCCACGGUCGGCUUCAACGUGGAGACCGUCACCUACAAGAACGUCAAGUUCAACGUUUGGGACGUCGGUGGUCAGGACAAGAUCCGUCCUCUUUGGCGGCACUACUACACCGGCACCCAGGGACUGAUCUUUGUAGUGGACUGUGCGGAUAGAGAUCGUAUAGAUGAGGCCAGGCAGGAGCUGCAUCGCAUCAUCAACGACCGUGAAAUGAGGGACGCCAUCAUUCUGAUCUUCGCCAACAAGCAAGACCUGCCGGACGCAAUGAAACCACACGAGAUCCAGGAGAAGCUCGGCUUGACCCGGAUCAGAGAUAGAAAUUGGUACGUUCAGCCGUCCUGCGCUACGACAGGCGAUGGACUCUACGAAGGGCUCACGUGGCUCACGUCCAAUUACAAAUCCUAAUGCAUCCACAGAAAAGCAAUUAACAAUAACUUUGGCUUCAGGUCUUUGUGUUAAGGUUUAUUUUAAUGUCUGAUUUCAUUGAAAUGUAACAACUUUAAUUUCGUACGCUUAUUUUGGCACGCAUUUAUGUUCCUCUUUAUUGUCGUUCUGUUUCAGUCUUCAUACAAAAAACAUUUUCUUCAUCAGUGUUUUGUCUUAUUGUGGUUACAAUGUAUUAAAACAAGACACAUUUAAAGUGUUAACUCUGUUAAAAUAAUCAUUCUUAAUUUAUUUUAGCUCAUCAGCAAUUUUUUUUAGAGUUAUGAUAAACAUUGUUACAUUUAUGAUUACAACAUAAAACAUUAUUUGCCAGUAUAAGAGAAGAGUAUAUUCUUACGGUUUCUUUAUAUUGUUAAUUUUCUUCUGUACUAAAAAAAGACGAAAUACUCGUGAAGAAAAUGUUUUUUUAUUUUCAGUGUAAAUUAUGAUUUUCCUCCUUUGAAUCUAGAUGAAGAUUUAACAUUCAGCCCUUAAGAUGACACACAAAACUUUUCUUUCAUUUAUCUGAAGAUCCAGACACCGAAAAGGCAGCUUGUUUGUUUACCUCUGUGCCAUCACACAUAAAGAAUGUAUGGAGCAUUUAAAUAAAUAAGUCCAAGCUAAAGGUCCUCAUAAAGAUUUUUUGUUUUUCAUGAAGAAACUGUACCUGAAGGGUGUUAAACAUUACAACAAAGUAUUUAUGUUGCUUUGGCCUUUUCUUGACUGAGAUGCACCACAAAACAAUGUUCACCGCUAAUCUGAUUUAAAUCCUGGAGAUGUUUUGGGAUUUAUUUUGUGUAGAAGAACGAGGACCCUUUGAAUUUAAUAUAUCUAUAUACUUAAGUUUUGGAUCCUCACCUCAGUCCAUGUCUGUUAUCAUCUGAUACCUGUUAUCCUCGAAUCAUCAUCAUAAACCACAAAAAUGAUGCCCAGCUUUAAUUCUCCUAAAAAUGUUUUGUUUCAAUAUUUUGAUUUAUUUGUUAUGCCCAAGACAUAAUAAAAUCUCUUUAUAUAAAUCAAUAUAUACAGUAUAUCCAGUACAAUGUGAUUGUAUGUUCUUGACACAGAGGAAUGUGCUAAUGCAGUAUAUUGUUUAAAUCUUUGCAUUUGUUGAGUUCAGAGAGACGGAUGAGAUUUGUGCGGCCCUGUAAAGUAAGUAAACAAAUGAUUGGCUGUCAUUGGGAUGUGCUGAGGAGUGCAUGUCAUUCUUUAUAAAGAUCUGUUCUGUCACCAUCUGUUAGUGUUGUCAUGUGAUGAUGUUGAUGUGAUGUAUUUGAAUGAUAAAUCAGUUUAUGAAGUUCAA